UAAAGGGGGUGUGCCGUAAAGCCACCAUGAUGAAGUCCGCGUCCUAGCAAGGUGUCGUGGAGCGUGUUGUCAAAGUGUGGGCCCUUUAAGAAACUCCAUGUUUUCUCGUCGUGAUGCGUCAACAUAAAAAGCGGAUGAUGCUGUUAUGUAAAAACACGCACAAGUGAGUCGUACUUGUUGUCUUUUUGGCACCACAUUGGACAAAUAUUUAUCCCUGGACGGUCCCUGCCAUCUUGUUUCUACUCUGAAGAGUAACGACUGACCGCUUUGGCAGUUUGGACUUUUUUUCUUCCUCUUCUUCAAGUCAACAUGAGUCGCCGUACACGCUCUUUUCCUGCUUCACUUGCGGGAAGCGUACACCUGACACAUCCUUCUCCUGCCCUGUGGAAGUGAUUGUUUACCCCCUCAUUCCAUCGCCCGUCCACACGAAAUUGGAUGGCCUCAGUUGAUGACCCAUGAUGAUUCCUGUUGACGGGCCGCUCUGAGCUCCAACCACUGUCGUAGACGAAGUAUCUGCUCCAGGACGAGACCAUGGUGAAAGAUCAGCGAAAACAGCAGGCGACAGGUGGGAAGUCCCACAGGGAAAAGAGAAGUGGAAUGAGGAAAAGCAAAGAGAGAAUGGAGGAGCAGAGAGGAAAGAAGCAGGGGAUGUCACACCGAUUUAGGAAGAAGACAUUGGCGGGGAGCAUGGGAGAUGCACUGGAUUGUUGUGUCCUGCUCACCCGUUUGGAGGAGAAAGGAGUUUUGGGUAAGGACUUGAGGAAAACUUGCAAAGAACCAAGCAGGCAAGUCAAAAAGAAGCAGGACUCCUCUGAAAGAAGGACCAAAUGUCACAAGUUGAAAAAAUCAGCUUCUCAACAAGCACUGGAACCAAAAAGUGGCAAAUCUGAAGCCUUAAUCACGUGGGCCCCGCUUGUUACUGAGCCACGCAGGAGGAGAAUGGCCUCUCUUAAUGCAGAGGCCGUCAACAGCUUGCUGCUCUACAGGGCCGAUUCAUUUGCAUCCAAUCCCACUAAGAAAGGGCAGCCUUCAAAUGAAGCUCUGCCUAAAGGUGAGAGGAAAUCUCAUGGAGCCAAAAAGGUUCUCCAGCGAGGGAAAACAGACUUCAAAGAUAGUAAUAAAAAACAGAAGCGGUCCACGGUGGAGACUCCGCCAGUCGACUGGUUGAGUCUGUUUGCCCCGACCCCUCGGCGUCAGGCAGGCCUCACCGCUGCGACACUGCUUAAACUCACCAGUUCCCUCUAUGGAAACAAGCGGCAAAAGAAGCAGGAGUCCAAGCCUGUGAGCGAAAGUAAGGCUAAGGAUUCAACUCAGGUUGAGAUUAGCGGUAAGCCUUUAAGUGGAGCAACACCGCAGACCAAAAGAAGAACAAAUCCAAAACACAAUGAGCAGCUAAAGCAUAUUAAACAGGGUAAAGAGGAUCCAGUUCAUUCCCAACCAGGCUCUCCUGUCCAGGGAUGUUGUAGUCUCUGUAAGACGGGGGCUUUGGACCCAGAGUGGAAGUCAGGUGGACAAGAGUGUUUGAAGACACGCCACUGUGGCUCCACGCUAGGAUUCUCCUUAAAAACAAUCAAAGAAGAGCAGGAAGAAACCGAGCUGUCAACCUGCUAUUGCUGUACGCAAGAGAGGUGCGUUGAGUACUGUCACAGACUGGCCCUCUUCCUCAAAGAUAAGACCAUCAAAGAGCCGGACGACCAAGGCUCGGUCUCUGAGGUGUUCCAUCACCAUCACCACCACCACCACCACCAUCAUCACCACCACCACCUCCAGACCAGCCACCCGACAGCCAUAACCAUCACGCCGCACACGUACACCUGUUUCCCCAGCUACUGCGUUCACUUUCGCCACCCGGACUCCUCGCCAUCGUCCAUGACACCCCUCGCUUUAUGUCCAAAGAGCAGCAAAAGACCCAAACUGCUGCCCAGCUCCGGCACACCCCCCUCAGGGAUUUCUCAUUCAGUCUACUGCUGCACCUCCGUGGAAGCGUGCUAUGAAGAGCCCUGCAGGAUCAAUGGCUAUUCCGCUUACGGCAGUGUCAUUCCGGCCAUUUCCAGAGGAGGGUGCAGCAAAUGCACCCAUGGCAUUAACAGAGAUGCCUACUCAUCAACCCUCAAUGACCAUCACAGCCUGUCCUCCAUCCCCAUCUGUCCCAGCCCAAGAAUCCGCACUGGCUGCCCCAUUCCCACUGUGCCCCCAGCCGGCCAAUCAGUGCCCCCGGUUCAGACUCCGUUGUCCGACCCGAGCCAACCGCAGCAGCCCCCCCUGAAUGUGGCCAGGGAGUGUCCGCAGAGUGCCAAGCCGCCCAGCGGGUCCAGGUCCGGCGCACGCAGCAGCGGCGGCAUCAGCCCGGUUGUGUUCCCACUCCAAAAGGAAAAGAAACAGAAGCUCGGUUCUGCCGGCGCCAGACGACAAGCGGUUGCCAAGCAGCCAAAGAACUGCCGCCAAAAGAGUACCAACGGCUGGCGACCAGUCGGCCUCCCCUUUGAAAAUGACGUUUUCUGUCUGGGAGAGGACACUCUGGUGCCGAGGAAGUGCUUUCAAGGAGUCCAGAGGGACAGAGAGCUGAUUCGGGUCAGGGACACUGUCCUGCUGAAAUCUGGACCAAGGAAAAAGUCCCUGCCUUAUGUGGCUAAGAUCUCAGCUCUGUGGGAGGAGCCUGAGACAGGAGAGUUGAUGAUGAGUUUGUUUUGGUACUACCGUCCAGAACACACACAGGGGGGUCGCAAUCCUAAUGUGCAUUGUCAGAAUGAGAUCUUUGCGUCUCGUCACCAGGAUGUGAACAGUGUUGCCUGUAUUGAAGACAAAUGCUUUGUCCUAACACUGGCACAGUAUUGUCGAUUUUGUGCCUUGGUAAAACGCCGAGGCGAGGGCGUACCCGACAGCGCCGCCUCUCUUCUGGUGCCGCCCAUCGUCGGCCCCGCCACACCCCGCCACCGCUGCGUGCCCGACGACGUCGAUCCGGAGCUGGUGUUUUUCUGUCGGCAUGUCUACGACUUCCGCUACGGACGCCUCCUCAAGAACCUGCAGUAGCGUCCGACAAAGGAAACGACACAUCCAACACGCUACUUACUACCAGAGACGUUACCUAAGGUCACGUCGCUAAUACUUUAAUUAGCGCCCAAGACCAGCUGCCUGCUGAGGUUGAAGGAUUGCAAGAUUCUUUUGUUUUCACACAGACGCACACAUAUGAAGUAAGGUCUGACAUAUUGUAAUGUUGAAUCAUACAUGACUUCCUGGUAACGCUGCUGUGGUACUUUCUCCUGCAGGUCUUAGUAAUACGCCGUUUGACGUGCAAACUGACAGGAGAGUAUAUGAGGAGAACGCAAUAUGUGCUUACUUACUAAAGAUGCAAAAAAUUAAGUGCCCCCAUAAAUUACUUUUUCCCUGUUGUCCACUUAAGAGGACUUGCUGAUGGACAACAUCUGGCAACCAGUAGAUAUACUUUUAUAAAUGACUCGAUCAUUUUCAAUAAAAUAAAUUAAGUUAAUAAGCUAAUAUAAAAAAAAAAAUUUUUAAAUUACCCUGCGGUUGGUCCAGGUUGUGACCCGCCACUCGCUCAGCGUCAGCUCGGAUAGGCACCAGUUUACUCUAAUAAGGGGGUGGGGGGGUCUUAGCAUAUACAACUACAACAAUAGACUCAAAAUGGUAAAUGGGUGACCUACUCACAGAAGCCACAAAAAAGGCUGUUACUAAAAACAAUGGCUUUCGAAACACAUUUAGUAUCGGUAACGAAUGUUUUUAGCAGACGUUUACUGGACAGACCAUUGAAGGUACAGUCGUCCCUCGCCACAUCAAAUUUUGUCGUUUUUCUUUAAGCAUGUUCGACAUUUUUACCCUACAUUAGGCAUUUCCAAGCAUAGAAACAGCGAAGUGGAGUAAUAAUAUCAAUACUUCAGUAGUAUUGGUCACUAAACUAAUCAGAGCACGCUGUUCAGUAUGGUGGCUAAUGAUUGGCUCGGCCUCCUCCAGCACCACUACAGUAUAUUAGAUUAGAGGGUGUUAUUUGGUGUCUAGAGGGCUCUCAUAAUGUUAAAAAACAUACAGUAUUUAAAAGGUCGUAAACAGUUUUUUUAUGCUUUCUACUUUGUGGAAAUGAAUUUGUCGCGGUCAUGUCCGGAACCAAUUAACAGCGAUAAAUGAGAGGCGACUGUACUACAUUUUCCUAGAAGUGACACGUAGCUUCACGUAGUUAGUGACCAGGUAAAAUAUGUUCCCUCCAAAAUCCAACUGAGUUGCUUUGCAAAGUGAAAAACCAAGCGGAGGGACUUAGAAUGCGGACUAUAUCGUACUCUGUGGCGGCGUCACGGCGGAGUGUAUAUUUGCGUUUUGUCAGUCGCCUGUAUUCUUUCGCUGUGAGUAAGUAGAGGAUGUAUUCGCUGGUAGCAUUUAGACGGCGGUGAUGAUGCAUUCCUCCAUCUUUGAAGAGAAGAUAACAUAUUUAUUUCUGUACGAAGAAAAUCUAUAAUUUAUUUUCAAAAGAAAGACUUGUAGACCAGUUAGUUUCUGGUUUUAGCUGCACUGUUUGCAAUAUUGGUGUUUGUGUGACUGAUGAGACCUUGUGGUGAUCUAUUCAAGUCCUCCCUGCAGGUUUCACCAUAGUUUAAAGUCAUCUGCUUGAUCACAGGAAGUAGUUUGACUUCUUCUUUUUCUUCACCUUCUCUGCUUUGCCUCCUCAUUUUUUACUACAGACAAUGAUUUGUGCCCUUCAGCUUGCUGCCUUAUAGAACAUUCCCAGACUUUUAUUUGGAAAUAUGUUGGCUUUAUGAGGGUUUAGAUCACACACACACACACACACACACACACACACACACACACACACACACACACACACACACACACACACACACACACACACACACACUUUUUUACUCAUCUGAUCUUUGGAGGCCUAAACUUAACAUGUCCACACUGCACACCUAAAACAUGCACACUCAUUGACUCGACAAACAACAGCUUGAGAAUUAUCCUUAUUUAUUAUCAUGUGAAUGAGAAAGUACUUAUAUUUAAAAGAAUAAAAUAAACUUGCACAAAAGAUUAUUUUUUUGCAGAAAUAUUGGCCUGUUUUUUGGCUUGGCGCACUUUUGUUAUUAUGCAACUUUAUUUUAAUAACAAUUUUUGCUUUAAGCCAUAACAGUGCUUCCCCUAGUGGCCAUAAAAAAAUGCACAAAUAUUUUGGUUAUCUUAAAAGUAAGCACAAAUUACCCGCAACAGAUAUCAUUACCAAGCAAAUUAGAUUGUAUUUGUUAUUUUAAUCCCUAAUACAAAUAAGAAUAUAUGUGAUGUUGUGGCAUAAAACAAAAAUAUACAAUUUGGAAUAGUAUGCUCCUAUGUUGUACAGCUCCAAAAUAAAUGAUAAAUAAAUGUAGUAUUCAUUCAGCCAGUUCUCACAAGAAUUUAGUAGAAUUACAAUAAAAAAUAUGUCCAUGAUAAAAAAUAAAAAGUGUACAAAUAAUGUAUAAUAUAUAUUUAAUAAAUUUACAAUUAACAUUUUUGUGAAAAUAUUGGUUUGUUGGUACACCUUUUAUCAGAAUCAAAUGCAUUGGCCAAGUAUGUUUAACACACAAAGAACUAUCAUAAAAAUAUUUUUUAAAUAUGAAUUAUGCAUAAAGAUGAUCUUUUAUUCAUCUUUCAUAUUGGGCACAAAAAUAGAACAACAAGAAAUUGUUUAAAAAGUUUAGUUUUUUGUUCUAAUUGGAAACAAACUAUUUUGUUGCUGUUUUAAAUAAAGAAAAAAGACGUGAUAAAAGACGCUUUUAAUUUCAUGGCGACCAUAUUAAAAAUAUUUGAAUUCAAAUAAAUGUAUUAUAUUGUUUUAAUUAACUUGGUUUUUAAGAAUUUAGUAAAAAAAAAAAAAAAAAAGUACAAAAUGUGUUCAUACUUUUUUUUUUAUUUAAGGAAAAUGCACUUUUUAAUAGAAUACAAUUAGAAGAAAAGUUUUUUGGUGUUGAUAUAGUUGAAGGUUGACUUUAAAAACUGUUGUUAUUAUUAGCCAAAAUGUAAUAACAUGAUACUUUUUGUAGCAAAAUACAGCAUUCUGUGCACAACAUGUCCGCUUGCUAUAUCAUUGAGUGUUUUGUUGCAGGAUUUACCUUUUUUGUACAUUUAGACGCUAAUUUAGGAGGGAAAAAAGAACAUUUGAAUAACUUCCUACUAAAUUCUGGUGAGAAUACGUUGCUUUGUUUCCGCUCUGAUCUGACUGAAAUGAAUGCAAAGUGACAGAUGAUUGCGCUUCACAAGUUCAAGUCCUUUAAGAAAGUCCCACUGGGUGUUCUUCCAGUACAGUGUGGCCUUAGAAGUCACUCAGCUCUUCUCGUUAAUCAACAUGUGAUACUAUAUGUCUUAAUUGGUCCUCUGUGCCUGUCCUUGUACGCCCAUAUUAACACACACACACACACACACACACACACACAAAUAUAAAUACAUAUACAAGUGUUAUUUCCAGGAAGACAAAUGUGAGCAGUUAGUUUAUUUUGAUGUUUUACUUCCAAAUGCCUUUCUUUCCUUUCAGUCAGAUGACACUGGUCUGUUGUUGACUUGCACCAAAAAAAAAGGUAUCGAACAUGAACUGCUUAUCAUUCCUAUGUAAGUGUAGAAGAAUGUUCUAGCUAAAUGUCGGUUCUUCUGGUGUGAGUUUAUGUUCGUAUUCUCUGCAUGGCAUUUGGGAAGUACAGUAUCUUGGAAAUAUUAAUCACAGCACAGUUUAUUUGUAAUGAUUCCAAUGGACCUCUGUAAUAUAAGAAAAUAUUUAAUUGUAAUAAAUAAUAUAUGAGUUUGACAUGUGUAUUUGAAUGUGUGAGUACCCUGUAUCCCCUCUGUACAUCAUACAUUUCUAUGGUUGACAGAUGUAGUAUCAGCUCUUGACCACCAUGGGGCGUUCUCACUAAAAGGCCUACUUUCAGGCCUCUUCAGAAUGAAGAACUACACUCUAUUGCCAAAAGUAUUUGGCCACCCAUCCAAAUGAUCAGAAUCAGGUGUCCUAAUCACUUUGCCCGGUCACAGGUGUAU